CAAAGAUGUCAUGGGGGAAAGCAAAGAUAAACUCUGUGGGAAAAGUGUUGCUUCUGUUAUACUCAGGCUGUUGCCAUAGUAACAGUGGGGCUUGUCAACAAAAGGCAAGGUUUUGAUAAAGAUAUUAACGGUAGCUAGCAAGCAGGCUAUCAAAGAGAAUAUUAGCUAGCUGAUGAGAUCAAAUGGCUGAUAAACGUGGUUUGGAGAAACUGGACUUUGGUGCAUUAAGCAUCGAGCAACAACAGCAACUCCGACAAUUUAAGAUCAAUACAAGAAUCAACAAUGAAAAAUAUUUGAGAGAGCAUCCAGAGACGGAGGCCUUAAUAAGCGACUUUUUAAGAGAUGUAUUUCUCAAAAGACCCACAGACAUUCGCGAGUAUGCAGCAGAUUACUUCACCGACCCAAACCUUGGUUUGAUCAUUGGCUCCAAACUGCAGGGCGAUCCUGCCGACACAGGCACAGACUGAAUCCUUACCUGAUUGUUUGGCAGUUCAACUGAAGUGUGAAGCUGUAACAGGCCUCUUUCUCUGUGUUCUGUACAUCCUCUGUAUUGACUAGUUAUUUGUUGCAAAGUAACGUGAUACAAAUAUAAAACAUGAUAUAAAGUGGGAAUGUACUGGCACCCAG